CGCCAGUCCAGUAGGGGCACUGUUCCACUGACGCGCCACUCAUUUUCCAACCUCUUCCGGGCCAAUUCCUCCAGUCGCCCGCCUCGUGUGACCAGCAGUCCUUCCGGCUUCACCGCCAUUACAGACAGCAGACAUGGCUAUUCGCUACCCAAUGGCCAUUGGCCUGAAUAAAGGCCACCAAGUCACCAAGAACGUAACUGCUCCCAAACACGGCCGCCGACGUGGGCGUCUGACUAAGCACAGCAAGUUUGUUCGAGACAUGAUCCGUGAGGUGUGCGGCUUUGCUCCAUACGAGAAGCGAGCCAUGGAGCUGUUGAAAGUUUCCAAGGACAAGAGAGCUCUCAAGUUCAUCAAGAAAAGAAUUGGCACCCACAUCCGUGCCAAGAGAAAGAGAGAGGAACUGAGCAACGUGCUGGCUGCCAUGAGGAAAGCUGCCGCAAAGAAGGAAUAAUUUGUCUUCUAAUAAAUGUUCCACCACAAAA